UUCUUUUAGGAAAAAGGCUUAACAAGUCCGUCGGUAGGUCCAACAAAUUAUAGGGAGUUGAACCAGAUAAAAAGAUGAGCAGGGGAUUCAUAGCUUCCCCACCACCACCAUCAGUGGUGGUAUCGCCACCUCGUAUUCCAUCGAAGCCCCUCCAACGAUGUGGCACUUACCAAUCAUGGAGUUACUCAUCUAAAUCUGUUCAUUCCCUCUUCUUCUGGGAUCUCAAGCUUAGUAAAAGCGGGUCAGAAAAGCCUUCAAGAAUCAGCUUCUUGAGAUGCAACAGUAGCACUGGCCCUGGUGGUCCUCCUGGUCCAGGUGAUAAUGACAGCAAAACCAUCCUUGAUGCAUUUUUCCUUGGGAAGGCUCUAGCAGAGUCAGUUAAUGAGCGUAUAGAGUCUGCUGUUGGUGAAUUUCUGAGUGCCGUUGGCAGAUUGCAAGCGGAGCAACAAAAGCAGGUUCAGGACUUCCAGGUACAAUGUUGUUUACAUCAGACUUAGCAUAAUAGUUUUAAA